GCAGAUGACGCCCAGCUCUAUCUGUCCAUGAAGCCAGAUAACACACACCCUAACCUAUUUUUCAGCAAAGUAAAACAAGGUCACCGUGCUUUUUCUUUCUUUCACCCAAUUACCACAACAUCCUUUCUGCAUGUGGCUAGACUGUGACAGUAAAUGAGCAGAACAGAGACAACAGCAGCAUGGAAAUCCCCUCAGUCUACCUAAUACUGUCAGCCACACUGAACAUCUAUCCAAACAAAUGUCAGUUCUUUCGAUAUGAGAACAUCCAUCUAAGCUGUGUAGCUUCAGGGAAUUCCAGCAACUGGACAGUGAGGCGAAACACUUCUUCUGAGACGCUGCAGCCAUGCAAGGGUGGAUUUGGAGACCCUGAUGAGUCCUGCAUCCUUUCAGAUGUUUACCCAUCAGACAGUGGAUUAUACUGGUGUGAGUCUGAGCAGGGGAAGCGCAGCAACACUGUCAACAUCACAGUGGCUGCUGGAGCUGUGAUCUUAGAGAGCCCCGCAAUUCCUGUUUCCGAGGGAGACAAUGUGACACUUCGCUGUUCUUACAAGGAAAGAAAUGAUAAAACUUCUACAUCCAAUUUCAAUGCUAUAUUCUACAAGAACAAUAUAUAUUUCGGAGAAGAACCAAAAGGAAAGAUGAUUCUCAAUGUGUCCAAGUAUGACGAAGGCUUCUACAAGUGUCAACACCCCACAAAAGGAGAGUCACCAAAGAGUUUUCUGGCUGUGAGAGCCAGAGUUCAGCCUGUGAGUGGCUCUGUCCCUCCACCUCUGAUGUCUCUGCCCAAGCUGGUGUGCACAGUCCUGCUGUUUUUCCUGUAUACUGUUGUAUUCAUGUUAUGUAUAUACACAUACCGAAAGUGGGCUCAAGGUAAGAGUACCUGUGAAACAUCUCAUGAUAAUGAAACAUUUUGAUUCAAUAUUGAUCAUAUGACCAAAGGCAGAGAGUUAUUGGGAUAACAAAGAAAACAGACCAAAAUAUCGGCUUUUGAGUUAUUUCUGUAAAUCUCUGUAUUGAAUGCAGAGUGAAUAUUCAUAAUAUUUUUUCUUAAAGGUAACAUUAUCAAAAUAGUUUUUAUAUAAAAGCUAUUUUGGCUGCUCCCUUUUGACAAGUUGUCACCACACACUCAAAAAAUCUUUAUGUCCAAAAUGGUAUUAACUGAUUGACUUAAAUAAGUACAAUAUAAAGUAUGAAAUUUAAUGGAAAUUUGUCUAAUGAAAUUUGCUUUAUUGGUACACAUUCAUAUUAUGUUUAUAAGCAUAUUUCCCCUAAUGAUUAGUUAUUUGAACAAUGAACCUUGAUUUUAUGCAUUUCAGUUGUAUUUUAGUCAAAGUUAUUGCUUCAUGUUUAUUGAGCGUGAAGAAUAUUUUUUUUUUGAGUGUAGUCAGUUAUGUUAGAUUUGGCAGAGUUUUUAUACUAGCAGCUUUUCCUGAUGCAAAACAAAGCAAUCUGUAUCUCUCAAGAUCAGAGAAAUGCGAAAACCACUACAUUAUGUUGUCAGGUAUAUGUGUUUAAUAAUGUGAUAUUGAGUGGGUCUUAAUUCACAAACUAGUGCACUGGUCAUUGAGAGUCACAAAGGUAC